CCCCACCCCGUGGAUGUCGGGACAGGUCGCUCCGCACGCGAGGACACGCUCCGUCGUUCGGGCCUGACUGAGACGGACCGCAAGCAAAACCCGUAACCCUGGCCGUCCACUCAGAGCCACCGUGUCCUUUGGUUGGACCGCAUCAUCGUUUACCAGUCUCUUGUUUCGAUCCGAUUGCCUCGAUUCUCACAAUCCUAUCUUCGCUCUCGUUCUCCCCAGUCGAGAGCGUCCGCAGCGAGACUUGGGAUUUUUCAAUUGUCGGGAUUUCAUUCGAUUCGGAGGAGUUUGCCUCCCGCAGUGGUCCAGCGGUUCGCGGUCGACCAACGCGUCCGCUUUUCAUUCAACUUUUAUCCGGCGUUCGAUCUUUUUUCGGACUUUUUCAUCGAUCGACAUCCGCGGGUACGAUCGACGAGAAGGGAGAGGGAGGUCCGAGAAAAAAUAAAAGAGGGACACACGAGACGAGAGAGAAGUAGAACCACGCCGCAGAGAUCGGGAGAGAGGAGUUUCCACCGUUGACAAGUGCUGAGAUUCGUCGGACUUUUUGUUUUGAAAAUUUCCCUCUCGCCAUCCGUAUUCGGUACAGUGCAGGGCCAUCAUCUGACGAACAAUUGCGGUAUAAUUUGUGACCCGGUUAUAUCGUACGUAGAGACGAUCAUCGAGUGCCACCUAAAAUUAUCCCCUGUAUAAAAUUGCGCGCCAAAAAAUUGCAACGUGAAAAGUAAAUCGCGUCGGUCGGUCACUUUCCGUUUAUAUCGUCGAAUGAAUAACUCCCCGUUCGACUUUUAUUUUUUUUAAUCGUUAAAAGGUACCCGGGAGUACCUCGUCUAACGAGUGUCCUUAAUUUUUUCCUUCCCCUCGAUCGGUCGUGCACGCGUACGCGCGUACAGUUGGGCAGUGAAACUGAAAAGACGGAGGAAAAAUAUCCGACCUGGCAAUGGUGACGGUUAUACGACGAAGAGAAGGAAGACGACACUCCGAGGAAUAAAUUUGUCCCAAGUGCCGAGAUACACCGUAGAGAUACAUGUGUAUAUUUUCUAAGGUGAUUGCGGAGGAAGAACCAGCCACGACGUUAUUUUCGUAUAAAACUUGCCACGCGAGUGCCGCUCCAGCCAUCUGGGGAAAAUCUCGACUUUUGACCCGCGACGAUUUGUGGCACGGUGUUCGGUUUCUAAAAAUUCAAAACUCAGAAUAAAAUAACUAAAUAAACCGAACGAGGUAUGACGUGAAAUAAGACGGGAAGAAAUAAAGAAACAGAGAAUCUAUAAAGCCCGUAACUAAUACUCGACCAAACGAUUCCGUUCGGACUUGGAGAGGACGAUAAAAGUAUAAAGUCGUAGGCUUUUCAUUUUUCAUGCACCGAAGCGCAUGAAAGAGGAGGAGCUGCACGAGUCGAGGAUAAACUUUGAGCGAUACGGAGGAGGAGGAGGAGGAGGAGGAGGAGGAGGAGGAGGAGGAGGAAGAGUCCGCCGAAGGGAAUAAGGGUUCUCGGAUUAAAAGCACGUGGUUUUAUUGUUUUGUACGUACGAAGUGCGGCUAUUUGUCAAUCGUCCGGGGGGACAAAACCCAUCGGUAAAAGAUCUCGUCGAUCUCGAGAACGCGGUGGUGGUUGAUCGGUGCGCCGCGUGGUACGCGAGGAGGAGGAGGGAAGGGUUAAAAAUCGGAAACAAAGUGCCGAGGACAACCGCGGACCGAGUGGAAAGGAGAAGAAUAAACGGAGAAAAUACUCUGGGGGGGGGGGGGAGGUGGAGCCGGAGAGUCCCGAUCGGAGAGCAGCGGGCAACAGCUCGUCAAUUUCAUCCGCUGGACCCUAUAUAUGGCAUUAAGUAUGAUCCAGAUGCUACUCACGAAGUGAACCAGCGCGAAACACACCAUUAACAAUCGUCAGGAAGGCCGGAUCGAUCCUCUCCGAAAUGCCGCAUACCGGUCAAGCUGGGGUCAAUCAGCUGGGAGGAGUGUUCGUUAACGGUAGACCACUACCGGAUUGCGUGAGAAGACGAAUAGUGGAAUUGGCCCUUCUGGGAGUUCGGCCUUGCGAUAUUUCGCGACAGCUUCUAGUUUCCCACGGAUGCGUGUCGAAAAUUCUCACCAGAUUUUACGAAACCGGGAGUAUCAGGCCCGGCAGUAUCGGCGGCAGUAAAACAAAGACUAACAAGAGAGCUUUGCUGUUGCAGCAAGUAGCGACGCCGACUGUGGUCAAGAAAAUAUUACGCCUGAAACAGGAACAGCCCGGGAUGUUCGCCUGGGAAAUAAGGGAACAACUCGCGCGACAAGGAGCCUGCGAUCCUCAAAGUUUGCCCUCGGUUUCCUCCGUGAAUCGAAUUCUUCGGGGCGGCGGAUUGCACGCCGAUCAUCCGUCGAUCGAAGGAGGAACGUCGAGCGCUUAUCAGGCGCAAAUCACGACGAAUCUCAACGCGAGAGACGCCCUGAUGAGGACGGACUAUCAGCAAAAGCUGUUUUAUCCCGGUACGUUGGGUCCGCUACAUAUUUCAACGACUUCCGGCGGAGCGACACCACCGUCUUGGAACCCUAGCUUCUACUCCUCUCUUUAUCACGCCACCACCUUACACCUGCAUCACGGAAUGCAAACCUUCGCAUCGCUGGAAACUGCGGACCGCAUUUCCCAACUGGCGAACGGUCAGAGUCAAGUUGAGCUUAAAUCGAGUUCGAGCUCAAUGGCCGGAAGCGACGACUCCUUGGAUAAAAGUGACUUGGACGAGACCAACGAAUCUCAAGAUCAUAAUUAUAAAUCUUUUCAAAAUUCAUCGUUGAUUCUCGAAUUGGGUCACAAAAUCGGCAGCGAUCGGAGCGCGUUUGUGCGCCAUGGCACGCCGUUAACGAAUCAAAAAUAUAAAACUGUUCGAAAUGAUUGUUCGCCGAACAAUAAUUCGGAGCAGAGUAGCGUCGGUGAUCGCGACUUGAGCGGGACGUGUGCGUCCCGCAAAACCCUCGAAAUCGACGACCCGGUGAUUCCGAACGAUUCCACCAGCGAGAAUAGGCAACGCACGCCACAGGCUCAGCCUCAACGGAAGAGAAACCCUUAUUCGAUAGAAGAACUUUUGAAAAAAGAUGAAAAUAAAUGCGAAUCAAAGAGACAAAGAUUGGCGAAUAUCGGCGUUGUUCAACCCUGCGGUCUCGUUCUCAACAAGGAGAUUUAAAAACUCAACCUAUUCUGAUACAUCAUCAGGAUUAUCGAUAAGCUCGUUAUUGAAUCAUUAUCAUUUGGUAGGACACUAUUAUUAUUGUUGACGAAUGACACUGUAAAUUAUGCGUACGAUAUUGAUAAAAAAACCCACAAAAAAAAAAAAAAAAAAAACAAAAAAACAGAAGCUGUAUUACGUUAGAUUCUAAUUAAAUUAUUAUCAAUCACUAUUAUUAGGAUAGGAUCAAUGGUAUCGUAUGAAUAUAAUAAUAAUCAACGUACAGAGUUUCGUGUCCAGAGUUCACCGUACUUUGUAGAAUAUUCAAUACUGAGGUAGUAAUAUUUAUCACACUUCAUACAAUUGCAGUGUAAUUUUUUCGAUCAACGAAUCGAUCGAUGAGAGCGGAGUUGAUAAUAUUCGCCCGGAGUAAAAAAUUUGUAACCCUGCCGAUUACGUCUUUCUCAUUGUCAGAUGACGAAGCGAGUGCGUGAAAAUUAAAGCCCCCGAAGUGAGACACGUUGAAAAUCGAAUAUUGUGUCCUCGAAUUAGUUGAAUUCCAACUUUCAACAACUACAGAUGCAGGAUACGUAGGGGUUUAAAAACGACACGAGGAAUGCCGCCGUUAUAAAAUCAUAAAACGCUCCCGAACGUGGUGCAGCAGGACGUCUAUUACAUCGCGCUGGCGACCAAGUGAGCCCGCUAAGGUUACAGUCAAAAGUGGAGAAUUAUUCCCACCUAUGAAUCUUAUUGCCUUUGUACGUGCAGCGUCGCUUUACAAGUGCGCUUCGUUGAUAAUGCGGAAAAAAUAUUCACGCGACCGGCGAGAAACGACUACCACGAUCCACCGACGCCGGAUAGAACGCCGCCGAGGAUACAAGGAUGAGAAUGAAGAUGAGCCGGAGUCGAGGUGCGUUUACAACGUUGUAAACGAUUUCAGCUUUUUAUUCAUCCUGGAUUAAUUAAUGCACCAUAAACGGCGCGGUUUAAUGGCGGACAUCUUCUGCCGAUUCUUAUGCCCGCAUUGCUCGUGCAUCGCAGGUUAUUCCAGUCGUAUUUAAAUUACACUCGGAAUUAUGGCUUUUGCCUACCUAAUGAAGUGAACGCACGUUUCGCGUCAAUGCGUAUGUAUAUACCCAUAUGAAAGUCGUUUAGGAAUAAUUUUUUUUAAACAAUAGAGUCGCCCGAUCGUCCUAAGAAUUUCAGUGUUACGGUGAUCGAAGACAAAACUCGGCGAUCGGGGAGAUGAACUUUUCUAUAGAUUAUAGAGAAACUUCUUCGUCACAAGUAUUUAUUGUAGUUAUACAUGUAUAUCUUGGAGUAUGAAAAACGCCAGUAAUUAUGACGAAACGGUAAUUUAUUGGAACGAUCGCUAUUGGCUCGCGGAAAUUCUUGGAAUUUAACUUUGAAGGUGGUACAGGUACAUCGACGACCAAACUCGAAAGUGCAGUAGCAAAGAAACUGCGACGAACUAAUUCGAAAUAACGCUUUCAUCGGAAUUUUCUUGGAUUUCAAAAAGCCUUUCGAUAACAUGACUGUAAUACCCGGCUAUAAUCGACUUGUAAUAAAUUAUGCUGUAUCAUAUCAUUAAAUA